AUGGAUGGAAAUGACGAUAAUCGCAGUGAGGAUUCCUUUUCAACUGCACCUGAUAGGGAUAACACAAUAAACAGCUCACCACUGCUGCCACAUGAACGGCUGUCACUGGAGCAGAAGCUUAGGAGAAUAAUUCUAAUACAGCAAAAUGAUAAAAGCUAUCAUCAAGCCCUAUGUGACAUACGUGAUCAGGUCAGCAUAUCUGUGCUACUGGAGCCCAGUUUUUACGGCCGACACUCUAAAACUUCAGUGCUGUCUAGCAUUAGCCAUCGCUUGUGCGAUCAACUAUACUUUGAGCACAGAUUGAAGGUUAAUGGCAUUUGCGAUACGUUUGUCGAGUUCAGUUUGGCGCGGCGGGAUCGGACCCUCUGCAGCUUGGUGGAAGCCAUAUCGCUAGUGCUAGAAAUAGACAUUUCAGAGCUUAACAUUAAUAGUAAAUGCGAAUCUCAACGGAACUUUACCGGUCGACCCUUAACUAAAGAUCAAAUGGUGCAUCUUGGCAAGAUUGCUAUUUUACAAGGAAAACUGCAUGACAGACUUAUCUAUGAUAACAUCUGUAAGGAUAUACAACACAUGUCUUCCAAAUUGAGUUCCAAGUUUAAAAAUGAAGAAAAUUCCGGCACCGUCGUACUUAAUAUGGCUCCAAACAGCAAGUCUGGUUUCGACGCUAUAGACCCAUACUUUAAAGUCACAACAGCUAUUGUUAAUUGGCAUUAA